GAUCUGCGGGGAGCAGGGACAGGGCAGGGCUGAGCCGGCAGCGCUCUCCUGAGACCGGAGCAGCCCGGAUCUCUCAUCAUGGGUCUUUUCGUCUCACAUCACCGUCGUUGUCAAACUGUGUCCAAAGCUGAUCUCCAAAAGGCUUUCUCGGCACUGCUGAUGUAUCAGGAGAGAGGUCUCCUUCAUGGCAAGAAGAACGAUCUCAGCUGUGAGCUGGAGAAGAGUGAAUUCUGCUCCAUUCAUGGGAUUGUGAAGGAGCUCCUGUAUAUGCAGAACGGAUCAUCAUCCGGGGUUACACUCCUGCCUCAGGCACGAGAAGCCACUUGUCCUAAGCACGAAGGUGCCACUUGUCAGUGUGCAGUGAGUGAAAAUGUAGAGAAUGGAGUCUGCUCCAGAAAUGGGAGUGUGAAGGUGCCCCUGGGUCCCCAGGCCAUAUCAACAAUGAGGGAUAACCACAAAAGUACCCUCAGAGGAUUCCUGGUUGAGUGGAUCAGAUCCCAUCCCAAGGUCACCCUGGUGCUGAUUCUGCUCCUGCUCCUGCUCCUGGUGUUGGCGGCCUCCGCUGAUGUGUCAGGGAGAACACAAACAGAAAUUCCAGUUGUGCCUGAGACUCCUCUGCUGCUGGCCUGUCCCCAUGGCUGGGUCGGGCACCGCAGGAUCUGCUACUUCCUCUCGAGGGAUCAGCUCAGCUGGGAUCAGGCUCAGGCUCGGUGCUCUGAGCUCGGGGCCUCCCUGGCCGUGCUCCAGGACUGGGAAAUGGAGUUCCUCUUCCUCCUCACCAGGAACGAGGAUCACUGGCUCGGGCUGCGCAGACGGGGCCGGGAGCUGCAGUGGGGGGACGGCAGCAGCUUCAACUCCUCGGUUCCUGUCCUGGGCAAUGCAGGGUGUGUGUUCCUGGCUGAGGGUAUGCUCAGGAGUGCUCCCUGCUCAAAUCCGAUGCCCUUUGUCUGCAGCAGGGCCCAAACUCACCAGUGACAGGGGAUGGACUGAGCUCCCUCUCCGUGCUGGGCUUCGUCUCUUCCAAUAUGAGGAAUGUUACUCCUCAGCUGCACCAUCUGCCUUGUACUGACUCUCAGGGUCACCUCAGUGCCACUUUGUAGGGUCACCUCAGUUCCUGCCCUCAGGGACACCUCAGUCUCUGAUCUCAGGAGAUGACCCUGCAGGAGGAAGAGAUGAUGUGGAAGCUGASGUGUGACUGCCUGGGGAGGGCCUGGGAGUUCCUUUCUCCCUCUGGGACCAUCACAGGACGUGAGCAGUUUCUCUUGCACUACACAUUUCUGCAGCGACCUUUUCUGUCUAUAUUGAUAUAACACUGAAGAAGCAGAUUUCAAUUACAUCCUUCUAACACUAUAUUUAUGCACUAAGUUUAUAUAUAUAUGUGAAUACAGGCUUAAAACAUGUGCUGCCAUGGCAAUUUGACAUUGUUUAGAGCACGGUGCCAAUAAGGCCAAGGUUGUGCUUUGACCCUACUGGGGCCAUUCCCUUAAGAGUUGGACUCGAUCCUCAUGGGUUCCUUCCAACACAGAGCAUUCUGUGAGAUGUCCCUGUGUGACCCCCUCAGGAUUUACGGUGUCAAUGUUACUGCUGUUGUUAUUUACUGCAUUAUUUUCUUAUUUUUUUAUUAAAUGCUUGUCAAGCCCUC